AUGGCGGUGCAGCCGAAGGAGGUGUUGGCCAUGGACAGCCAGGCCGAAUGCAGCUUUGUCCGCUUCUUUCAGGCCAUGCCGACAAAGCCGCUUACCACAGUGCGCCUCUUCGACCGGGGCGAUUACUAUACCGCGCACGGCGAGGAUGCGCUCCUGGCCGCCCGGGAGGUGUUCAAGACCCAGGCAGUCAUCAAAUAUAUCGGGGUGACAGGUUCUAAAAAACUGGAAAGUGUUGUGCUUAGUAAAAUGAAUUUUGAAUCUUUUUCAAAAGACCUCCUCUUGGUUCGUCAGUAUAGAGUUGAAGUUUAUAAGAAUAAAGCUGGGAAUAAGGCCACCAAGGAGAAUGACUGGCAUGUGGCAUUCAAGGCUUCACCAGGUAACCUUUCCCAAUUUGAAGAAAUUCUCUUUGGCAACAAUGACAUGUCAUGUUCCAUUGGUGGUGUUGGUGUUAAGCUGUCCAUUGUUGAUGGCCAAAGAUUAGUUGGAGUUGGGUAUGUUGACUCCAUACAGAGGAAGCUGGGACUGUGUGAGUUUCCAGAUAAUGAUCAGUUCUCCAAUCUGGAAGCACUGCUGAUUCAAAUUGGCCCAAAGGAAUGUAUCCUACCAGGAGGUGAAACUGCUGGGGACAUGGGAAAACUGAGACAGGUUAUUGAGAGAGGAGGGAUUCUGAUCACAGAGAGGAAGAAAGUUGACUUUUCAGCAAAAGAUAUUGUUCAGGACCUCAACCGUUUGUUGAAAAGCAAAAAGGGAGAUCAAAUGAAUAGUGCUGUAUUGCCUGAGAUGGAGAAUCAGGUUGCAAUUUCAUCAUUAUCGGCUGUGAUUAAGUAUUUAGAACUUUUAUCAGAUGAUUCAAACUUUGGACAAUUUGAACUGACCACCUUUGACCUCAGCCAGUAUAUGAAGUUGGAUAAUGCAGCUGUCAGAGCUCUUAAUCUUUUUCAGGGCUCUGCCGAAGACAAAAGUGGUACUCAGUCUCUUGCUGCAUUGCUGAAUAAGUGCAAAACACCUCAAGGCCAAAGACUGCUUAAUCAAUGGAUUAAACAGCCACUACUGGAUAAGAACAGGAUAGAGGAAAGGUUAAAUCUAGUUGAGGCAUUUGUAGUAGAUGCAGAGCUGAGGCAGAGUUUGCAAGAAGACUUACUUCGUCGUUUCCCAGAUCUUCACCGAUUUGCCAAAAAAUUUCAAAGACAUGCAGCUAGCCUACAGGAUUGUUACCGAAUGUAUCAAGCCAUAAAUCAGCUCCCUAAUGUUAUAAAAGCACUGGAAAAACAUGAAGGAACACACCAGAUGUUGUUAUUGGCAGUCUUUAUAACUCCUCUGACUGAUCUUCAUUCUGAUUUCUCCAAAUUUCAGGAAAUGAUAGAAACAACCUUAGAUAUGAAUCAGGUGGAAAACCAUGAAUUUCUUGUGAAGGCAUCCUUUGAUCCUCACCUGACACAGCUAAGGGAAUCAAUUGAUAAUCUAGAAAAGAAGAUGCAGACAGCUUUAACAAAUGCAGCAAGAGAGCUAGGCAUAGAAGCUGGUAAACACAUUAAGUUGGAUUCUAAUGCACAAAUAGGAUAUUAUUUCCGAGUGACUUGCAAGGAAGAAAAAGUCCUUCGUAGCAAUAAAAACUUCAACACAUUAGAUGUCCAGAAGAAUGGUGUUAAGUUUACCAACAGUAAAUUGGCUGCUUUCAAUGAUGAGUACCUCAAAAUUAGAGAUGAGUAUGAGGAAGCCCAGGAUGCCAUUGUUAAAGAAAUUAUCAACAUUUCUUCCGGCUAUGUAGAACCAAUGCAGACACUAAAUGAUGUAUUAGCUCAACUGGAUGCUGUUGUCAGUUUUGCUCAUGUAGCAAAUGGAGCACCUAUUCCAUAUGUACGUCCAGUCAUUUUGGAAAAGGGACAAGGAAAAAUCAUUUUGAAAGGUUCCAGACAUGCUUGUGUUGAAGUUCAAGAUGAAGUUGCAUUUAUUCCCAAUGACAUUAACUUUGAGAAAAAUAAGCAGAUGUUCCACAUUAUUACUGGCCCCAAUAUGGGAGGUAAAUCAACAUAUAUCCGUCAAACUGGAGUAAUAGUUCUGAUGGCUCAGAUUGGCUGUUUUGUACCAUGCGAAUCCGCAGAAGUGUCCAUUGUGGAUUGUAUCUUGGCGCGAGUGGGAGCAGGUGAUUGUCAGAUGAAAGGUGUAUCUACAUUCAUGGCAGAAAUGCUAGAGACAGCUUCUAUUCUCAGGUCUGCAACCAAAGACUCCCUAAUAAUCAUCGACGAAUUGGGAAGAGGGACUUCUACCUAUGAUGGAUUUGGGUUAGCCUGGGCUAUUUCAGAAUAUAUUGCCACUAAGAUUGGUGCCUUCUGUAUGUUUGCUACUCAUUUUCAUGAAUUGACAGCAUUGGCUGACCAAUUGCCAACAGUGAAUAAUCUACAUGUUUCAGCAUUAACUACCGAUGAGGCAUUAACUAUGCUAUAUCAAGUAAAGAAAGGUGUCUGUGAUCAGAGUUUUGGGAUUCAUGUUGCGGAACUUGCUAAUUUUCCUAAGCAUGUAAUAGAAAAUGCCAAACAAAAGGCCCUGGAACUAGAGGAAUUCCAGCAUUUUGGAAAACCUCAAGGAUCUGAUGAAAUGGAACCAGCAGCCAAGAGGUGCUACCACGAAAGAGAGCAAGGUGAAAAAAUAAUUCAGACAUUUCUGGCCAAAGUAAAGGAAUUACCCUUUGCAGAAAUGUCUGAGGACGGCAUCAGAACCAAAUUAAAACAACUGAAAGCUGAAGUAAUAUCACAAAAUAACAGUUUUGUGAAUGAAAUAAUUUCACGGAUAAAAGUUACUCCAUGAAAAAAUUCCACAAUGGAAUGAACAAGUUGUGUAGAUUUUUUUUUAAUUGUAGGAAGUCCCCACUGUCUAUGCGAAUACUUUUGUAAUGUUUUAUACGUUUCCUUUGGUGUUUAGAGAUUGGUGCACAUAGAUUAUUAAAUAAAAUUGAAAUAUUAUGUUUCUUUAAA